CACGACACGACACGACACGACACGACACGACACCACACCACACCAUACUGCGCUAGCACCACCACCACCACCGCCCGUUCCGAUCUGUUCUGUUCCGCUGCGACUGCCGACCGAUCCGAGCAUCGAGAUCGAGAGAGACCAUGUCGGAGGUGUCCCUGUCGUCGAGCGACCCGGACGAAAUCCUCCAAAAGACCGUGGUUCGGUGCAAGAAGGCCCAGGCCAUCGCCCGGCCCUUUACGCACCCGAACAAGGUCGACGCCGGAAGGACGGUGGAAGAAAAGAUGAUCGGGCUCCUGAAAAUGACGCAGGAACRCGAGUACGGCSAGCUGACCGACGAGCUCCGGAGCCUCGCCAWYCUGAUCCUGGACAUGCAGAAAGGGGUCCUGGAGCAGCUGCUGGACUCGGUCGAAACGAUCGAGCGCCGCGUCGUGGCAUACAACGACAAACUCUCGGGGUCCGAAACGGAGGACACCACCGAUUUCUCGACGCAGGAAAGUGCCUCCGCCGGUGAAAGGAUGGACGAGGGSACCGUGGAUCGCUCCGAACCGUCGUCCCGGGGAGGGAGGAUCGAGGAAACCAACRCAAUGACACAGCAGCGGUUCAUGGACCGGCUKAGGAGUUUCGUCUCGUUUCAGCGGACCGCCGCGGAACGCGCCCGGACCGUUGAUUCGCACGGAAAGGUGAGGGGGAAAACACCAGAUAGAAUCCAUUUGUUGCUUGUCGAUCCCGGAGGAGCAUUGGCACGAGCAGCCAUCGCUUUGGUUUUGUAACCGAGCCUCAACACGUUUGUCUUUUUUUUCUCUCCCUUUCUUCCAUCCAUGUCUYGUUCUCUGACGGUGUUCGACGAAUCUUGUUGGACGCAAAGAUUGCCGCGAUCCGAAUGAAACCCCAAUCGAGGGGCGGAAUCAAAGAAAAGAAUGGGACCUACAAAUCCGGAUAUCGGCAGCAAGAUGUCCACGGGAAACCCAUCCGGCACCUGUCGGAUCUCUAUGCUGCCGCGAACGAGGCCAAGCCCGAGUUUCAGAACCUGAUGCAUUCGAUUCGAAAAAGCAUCUCGGGCCUGACGGCCUCGGACRUAGAGAUUGCCUCCGUCAAGCAGUGGUCCMGGGCCUCGAAAAAGGCCCGGGACGAGUAUUCGCACCGAGACCCGGGCCCGGCAGAGGCCUGGCUGUACGACAUUCUGCGGGCAUCGAUCUACUGCCGGUCGGCCAAACAAAUGAACGACGUYAACAARCAUCUCAGAGAACACGCCCACAUCGUCRACUGCAGCAACCACUUUGCGACUCCCCGGUUCGAUGGAUACCGGGACAUUUUGUACCACGUAUCGAUUCCGUACAAGGGCGAAACGGCGUUCAUUUGUGAGAUCCAGGUGCACCACAAGGACUUCAAACGAUUCUAYAACGGGAUCAAUUCCCACAUGCAUCUGCGUCCGUACUUUGCGAAAGAUUCCCGAGAAACCGCRGAAGUAGUACGAGACCUCGAGAUGCUUCUACAGGUUGGAGAGGUCGACGAAAAUCUCAUGGACUUUCUCCUCGAYGAAAGCAACCCGAGUCAGCUCAAGUUGUUUGCCAGAAUCUUCUUUGAACAACUCGAGGAGACCCGCAAGUCGCUGUCGCUCUUCAAGCGAGUCCUGGACCUGGAAGAAUCCAUAUACGGAACGGAGCACCUGGUAGUYGGGACGACCCACCUCUAUAUGGGCCAAAUCUUGCUGAAACUAGGGGAAGCCGACCGCGCCAUGGUGCACCUAAAGGAGGCCCUGCCCGUUUUUACUCGCAACCUUGGGUCGAAACACCUAGACAUUGCGGCGACSCGCGUUGCGAUGGGAGACGCUCGAAGCCUGAAGGGAGACGCCAAYGGAGCGCUCGACGAGCAGCUYAGAGCCCUCGAACUCCGAGAGGAAUGCCUCGGAGAGGACCACAUUCUCGUGGCGGAAUCUCACAUCCUGGUGGCAAAGGCCCAGUGCGGCCAGGGAGAAUACCAGAAGGGAAUGGACGAGUGCCGAACCGCGCUGGCAAUACAAGAGUCCAUCCUUGGCGAGAACAGCAUCGAAACGACCCGAUCGUAUUCUACCAUGGGAGAAAUCUUUGAUCUCCAAGGAGAACACGACAGAGCAAUGGAAUGCUACAACGAAGUCCUUUUGAUACAGGAAGAGGUUUACGGAAAAAAGAAGCACAGAGAAAUUGCCGAYACCCUUACGGAGAUAGCGAAUCUAAAAUUGAAGGAAAACAAAUACGACGAAGCGGAGACAAGCCAUCGGAAGGCAUUGCACAUUCGAGAGACGGUUUUGGGAAAUCAACACCCCGACUGUGCCAUAUCUCAUGGAAAUAUUGGCAAAGUAUUAUUUCGAAAGGGACAGAAGCAAGAAGGAUUGAAGCUAUUGGAGCUUGCUUUGCAAAUUACGAUGGACGGAUAUGGGAAAAAACACUUGUCGACGUCCAACUGUUUUGCGGACUUGGGUUCGGUCAUGCUCAAGAACAACGAUCUCGACGAUGCACUGAAUCAAUACAAGGAGUGCCUGGCGAUACGGAAUCGCGUCUGCGGUAAAAACCACCCCAAGACCGCCGAGGCGUUCAAUUUAUUGGGCCACGUGCAUAUCCUAGAGGGGAACCACAAGAGUGCGUUGACCAAUCACUCCAAAGCGUUGGGAAUUGUAACGCAGACGCUGGGCCCGGAUCACCCCCAUGUUGCUACUGCGUACGAACACCUUGGGAAACUCUACGAGAACCAGAUGGACCACAAGCUGGCACUGGACUACCACACAAAGGCUCUCACGAUUCGGAACGCGAUGCUGGGAAGACAGCACCCGGCGACUGCGGCAUCGUGCUUCGCAAUCGCUGGUGUUCUCGAGAAAAAGGAAGACUACGCCGGAGCCACGAUGGCGUACAAGCAAGCAUUGCUGGCGCGCCUGUGCCUCCGUGGCGAGCACCACGCCGCCACCACCGACGCUCGAUUGAAGCUCGGUCGCUGUUUGAUUCAAGAAAAAGAGUUCGACGACGCGGAAGAAGAGGUGCGCAUGGUUCUUUCCGUCAAAGAAGAAACACUCGCCGGCCAAGACCUUCAGACCGCGGAGGCGUACAGGCUUCUGGGCACGAUACUCAAUCACCAGGGCAAGUUUGAGGAAGCAAUCUCAAUACACAAAAGAGCCCUCAAGAUACGGAAGGACCACCUCGAUGAAGACCAUUCGUAGCACCUAAAGCAAAAUCAUACAAACAAAUGUGCCCUGAAUCGGGCAGGGAAUCAACGGGAAGAUAGUAUUUGAGUGUAAUGUUAAAAUAGAUACGGCGCAAAAAGCGAACUUCAUUUUACGCCAGAAACAAAAAAUACGGAUAAGGAAGCAAUCUUGUGUUGAGUAAACAUUAUAUGAAUAU